CUGAUUGGCUGCGGCGAAGCCUCGCGGGCCGGUGGCUAUGGAGGCGGCGGCGGUUGAUGGUUGACCGUUGGCUCCAGGGUAGGGGUCGCCGCUUGGGCGAUCCGCUCAAACCAGACCAGAGCGCGUGGGCUGCUAACGCUCGGCCUGGAGCCGGCGGGCGAGACCUAGUUGGGCUCCGCCAUGCCGGCUGGGAGUAACGAGCCGGACGGCGUCCUCAGCUAUCAGAGACCAGAUGAAGAAGCUGUGGUGGAUCAGGGUGGGACCAGCACAAUUCUCAACAUUCACUAUGAGAAAGAAGAGUUGGAAGGUCAUAGAACUCUGUACGUGGGGGUCCGGAUGCCCCUGGGCCGGCAGAGCCAUCGGCACCACCGAACCCAUGGCCAGAAGCACCGGAGACGAGGGCGGGGCAAAGGAGCCAGCCAGGGGGAGGAAGGCCCAGAGGCCCUGGCCCAUGACACACCAUCUCAGCGCGUUCAGUUCAUUCUCGGCACCGAGGAGGAUGAAGAGCAUGUGCCCCACGAGCUGUUCACAGAGCUGGAUGAGAUCUGUCUGAAAGAGGGGGAAGAUGCCGAGUGGAAGGAGACAGCCAGGUGGCUGAAGUUUGAAGAAGAUGUUGAGGACGGGGGAGAACGCUGGAGCAAGCCUUACGUGGCAACCCUUUCACUGCACAGCCUCUUUGAGCUAAGGAGCUGCCUUAUUAAUGGAACGGUCCUUCUGGAUAUGCGUGCGAAUAGCAUAGAAGAAAUUUCAGACCUGAUCCUGGACCAGCAGGAACUGUUCAGUGACCUGAAUGACAGCAUGAGGGUUAAAGUACGCGAAGCCCUUCUCAAAAAGCAUCACCAUCAGAAUGAAAAGAAGAGAAAUAACCUCAUUCCCAUUGUUCGGUCCUUUGCUGAGGUUGGCAAGAAGCAGUCUGAUCCACAUUCAAUGGAUAAAAAUGGUCAAACUGUGUCUCCUCAGUCCGUUCUGACUACAAAUCUUGAAGUGAAAAAUGGAGUGAAUUGUGAACACAGUCCAGUGGACUUAAGCAAGGUGGACCUUCAUUUCAUGAAGAAAAUUCCCACCGGGGCAGAGGCCUCGAACGUCCUGGUGGGAGAGGUGGACUCUCUGGACCGGCCCAUUGUCGCCUUUGUGAGGCUGUCCCCAGCUGUCCUUCUCUCAGGCCUGACAGAAGUGCCCAUCCCGACAAGAUUUUUGUUUAUCCUAUUGGGUCCAGCAGGGAAAGGUCAGCAAUACCACGAGAUUGGCAGAUCCAUGGCCACCAUCAUGACAGAUGAGAUUUUUCAUGAUGUGGCAUAUAAGGCAAAAGAGCGUGAUGAUCUCCUGGCGGGGAUUGACGAGUUCCUAGACCAGGUGACGGUGCUCCCCCCAGGGGAGUGGGACCCCUCCAUUAGAAUUGAGCCACCCAAAAACGUCCCUUCCCAGGAGAAAAGGAAAAUGCCUGGAGUUCCAAAUGGAAAUGUCUGCCACAUAGAACCAGAACCACACGGAGGCCACAGCGGGCCAGAACUUCAGCGUACCGGGCGGCUCUUUGGGGGCUUGGUGCUGGAUGUCAAGCGGAAGGCCCCCUGGUACUGGAGCGACUACCGGGAUGCACUCAGCUUGCAGUGUUUGGCCUCCUUUCUGUUCCUGUACUGUGCCUGCAUGUCGCCUGUCAUCACCUUUGGGGGGCUGCUCGGAGAAGCCACUGAGGGACGCAUAAGUGCAAUUGAAUCCUUGUUCGGAGCCUCCAUGACUGGGAUUGCCUAUUCCUUGUUUGCCGGACAGGCUCUCACCAUCCUGGGAAGCACUGGGCCAGUGCUUGUGUUUGAAAAGAUUUUGUUCAAAUUCUGCAAAGACUACGCUCUUUCAUACCUCUCCCUGCGAGCUUGUAUCGGACUGUGGACCGCCUUCCUGUGUAUUGUCCUUGUGGCAACUGACGCCAGUUCCCUUGUCUGCUACAUUACCCGCUUCACUGAAGAAGCCUUUGCCUCCCUGAUUUGUAUUAUUUUCAUCUAUGAAGCAAUAGAAAAGCUGAUUCACCUGGCAGAGACCUACCCCAUCCACAUGCAUAGCCAGCUGGACCACCUUAGCCUGUAUUACUGCAGGUGCACUGUCCCAGAGAACCCAAACAACCACACCUUACAGUACUGGAAGGACCACAACAUCGUGAUCACGGAAGUGCACUGGGCCAACCUGACUGUUAGCGAGUGCCAGGAUAUGCAUGGCGAGUUCACUGGCUCUGCGUGCGGCCACCAUGGACCCUAUACUCCUGAUGUGCUCUUUUGGUCCUGCAUUCUCUUCUUCACCACCUUCAUCCUCUCCAGCACCUUGAAGACAUUUAAGACAAGCCGCUACUUCCCAACCAGAGUCCGCUCCAUGGUGAGUGACUUUGCUGUUUUCCUCACCAUCUUCACCAUGGUGAUUAUUGACUUUUUGAUUGGAGUCCCAUCACCAAAGCUUCAAGUUCCCAGUGUGUUCAAGGUAAACAGAUCUCAGCCAACAAGGGAUGAUCGAGGGUGGAUUAUUAGUCCCAUCGGCCCCAAUCCCUGGUGGACUGUGAUAGCUGCAAUUAUCCCAGCUCUUCUCUGCACUAUCUUAAUAUUCAUGGAUCAGCAGAUCACAGCUGUCAUCAUUAACAGGAAGGAACACAAACUCAAGAAAGGAUGUGGCUACCACCUGGACCUGCUGAUGGUGGCCAUCAUGCUGGGUGUCUGCUCCAUCAUGGGCCUGCCCUGGUUCGUGGCUGCAACUGUCCUGUCCAUCACACAUGUGAACAGCCUCAAACUGGAAUCUGAGUGCUCUGCCCCCGGAGAACAGCCCAAAUUCUUGGGUAUUCGAGAACAGAGAGUGACAGGCCUCAUGAUCUUUGUGCUGAUGGGCUGCUCAGUGUUCAUGACAGCUAUAUUAAAGUUCAUCCCGAUGCCAGUCCUCUAUGGAGUUUUCCUCUACAUGGGAGUGUCUUCACUGCAGGGGAUUCAGUUCUUUGAUCGUCUGAAGCUCUUUGGGAUGCCUGCCAAGCACCAGCCGGACUUCAUCUACCUGCGGCACGUGCCGCUGCGCAAGGUACACCUCUUCACCCUCAUCCAGCUGACCUGCCUCGUCCUGCUCUGGGUCAUCAAGGCGUCUCCAGCUGCCAUCGUCUUUCCAAUGAUGGUUUUGGCCUUGGUCUUUGUCAGGAAAGUCAUGGAUCUCUGUUUCUCUAAGCGUGAGCUGAGCUGGUUAGAUGAUCUCAUGCCUGAAAGCAAAAAGAAGAAGUUGGAUGAUGCCAAAAAGAAGGCCAAGGAGGAAGAGGAGGCUGAGAAAAUGUUAGAAAUGGGAGGAGACAAGUUCCCCUUAGAGAGCAGGAAGUUACUGAGUAGUCCUGGAAAGAACAGCAGUUUCAGGUGUGACCCCUCUGAGAUUAAUAUAUCUGAUGAAAUGCCGAAAACCACAGUCUGGAAAGCUCUCAGUAUGAAUUCUGGAAACACAAAGGAAAAGAGUCUCUUCAACUAAAAGUCUUUGCUGGGCUGGAGGCUGUGGGCCGUGAGGUGCCUCAGGGAAGUUCUGGUUACAGAGAAGAUGGCGCGUCUCCUUGAGAAGGGAGCCCAAGCCUGGCCCUGUCCUUGGUCCUGUCCAAGCCAUGCCGAGCCUUCAGUUAUUCAUGAUGGGCGUCGGAGGGCAUCGUCAGGUGUGAGCGUGGAAGCGGAAGUCUACCUCCUGUUGGCACUUCUCUUCCUUCUCUUUCUCUUCAGAACCGCCACCAUUGAAGACCCAGCUUCCCAUUUUCCAGACAUUUCCUCUGAAACCCUCUGCUGGCCUGCUGAGCCAUACGGAUCCAUUCUGCCUCUGAGGAUUGCCUCAGGGAGGUCCCUCUUCCCCCAGGAUGAGGUCGGGGAGUGGAAGGCGAGCAGAGAAGAAAGGGAAGCCUCUCCAGUUCCAGGGCGGUUGCAGGCUCCUGGGCAGCCCUGAGCCUUGGUUUGGUUGCCUACUCUGGGGGAUGCUGGUCAGACCCAGAGGCUGUCAGGAGGGUCUGCUCCUAGGCGGGGCAGUGCCCUGAGCAUGGGCAGCGCCCACCGCUGCAGCCAGAAGAUGCCUCUGACCCGGGCGCAUCUUCAGCGCUCCCUAGCAGCAGCCUGCAGAACUCAGCCAGAACCUUGGAUGAUGAAGGGGCCAAGGGGGACACUGGAGUUGCUUAGCUUAGACAGGAAAAGGCUCAGGGGGACAUCAGUCAUGAUGAGUGAGGAUGAGCAGCUGCUCUCGGUGUUGUUGAUAGAAAAAGAACGAACCUAAAUUGCUACAGAAGGAAGUAGUUUAGAUACCAGGAAGGACUUCCUAGCCUGAAGAAUGGUCAUGGUGUCUGCUUUCUAGGUACCUGGGAAAGGUUUGAUUGUAGUUGUUUGUGAGUAGAAAGGGAGAUGAGGUGUUUUUAUUGGCCGUGUUGUGGAAACACCCGUGUCUUGCUGCUGUCCCUUAAAGACACAUUCCGAUUCCCCUCCUGGAGAGAUCCAGGGGCUUACGUAAUGUCUCCUUAGCUGCCUUAGUAGCAAACCAUCCUCAACUCAAUGGACCAAACCACCUUCAGCCGUGUGGUUGCUUCAUCAUCGUGAGGGUUUUUUGUGGACAACUAUUCUGACUUUCAGAUGUAAAAAGCCACAUUGGGAAAUGGACUGUAAGUGGUGAAAUUAAUUUUGGUAUUUAGUUUAAAACUAUAGUUUUCGUCUUCUCUGUUGCAGUGACUAGUGAGGGUUUGGGCUCCAAUGUGUAUAGACUUUCCCUUCCUUUGUGCACAGAACGUGACUAGCAAGCAUGUCGGUACCCAGGGAAUCGGAUCAGCUCAGUUUCCAUCCUAGAAAAUAGUUAUCCAGUGGGACUCUCGGUGUGUGCUCCUUUCAUAGGUGAAGAGUUGGCUACAUAACUUCUUGGAGUUUGGUAUUCUUUAGACGACAAAAAUAGAUCAGUCUAUUCUAGGCUUAUUCUUAAGGACCUUUGAUAUUGAAGGAAUCCUGCAUUUCUUUCAUAUUUCCCUAUCUCCUGGAGCCACAGUUAUUUUAAUACACAGAUGAUUUUCAAAAUAUUUAACAACUGGUACGGGAUGGACACCAACCAUUCAGAAUGGAUGCCUGCUGUAAACUACCAGUAGGUAUGGCCGUACCAGUGCCACUGGCUGAACGUCACGCUGCUUUCAAAUAUUAAAAUGAUAUCCCUUUGAAUUGUGGGUAUUGUUCCUGGUUUGUCUGAUUUCUACCCACCAGGCUGUUUUAGGGACAACCUCGGCUUCCUUUUCUAUGGUGCAGACAGGAACAGGCAUGCUUCUUUGAACUCUAUGGGCAUUAAAAUCUUUGCGAGCCAAAGCUUCACAUUUUAUCACUUUAGCAUUAAUGUAAUAAUCAUCAUACCCACCUACCUGCCCAUUUAGAAAAAAAUCGAAAGGCAACCCGUCAAUGGGAAAAGCUUUCUUGCUAAUCUUCCCUGUCCCUCUCUGGCUGCUUCCUUGAGCCUGCCUCCUUUUUCAUCUUCUCUGUUCCCUUAGAACAAACCCUUACCUUCCUCCACCUUCCUCCCCCAUCUUUUCUUACUGCCUCCGCUCCCAUGUCGCAGCCUCAGUGUGGCUGAAAGGCACAGAACGGGAAAGAAUACAUCAUGUGACAGAACUAGGUGACAGUUCAGCGCACCUCACACACUGAGGUCUUGUGGUGCCCUGUGCCACCAGGUUUCUGGAGAGUGGGGGACCUGUCUUUGUUAACUCGGCGUAGUGCAUGCGCCCCGAGCCAGACCCUCCCAGGUUACUGCACCUUCAGAAGGUUGGCUUGGAAAGGCUGGGCCAGUCUUUAGGCUCUUAGAUUUCCCUCCAGCAGUAGGUGGCCUCAUCUGUGCCGCACGUUGGUGGUAGGAGCAUUCCCUACUCUUCCUCACUCGUCUUUCCCACGUCCCACCCAGCACUCCACCUCAGUCCUGGCUGCUUCCUUGUUCAGGUCUGCGGCCAUGACCAUGGGUGGCAGAGUUAAGCUGGGUGGUCUGUAGGGUAGGAAACUGGGAGUGAUGGUGAAGAGACAGCCACAUGUGUGUAUGUGUGUGUGUCUGCAUGUGUGUUUAUCAGCAGAUGAAUGUGGACCCAUGAGAUUUCAGCGCUGUUAUUAAACAGCCUCAUGCACCUAGACUGUGGGGAUAUUAAAAGGUUUAAUAAGGUUAUUCUCCCACUUAAGGCGUCCCUUCUCUACUCUGACGGAAUAGCUUGAGGGCAAAUACAGGCACAUUAGUCUUGAAAAAGGUGUUUCCACUCAACAUUACAGAGAAACUGAUUGAGGAGUAGAAAGCAAGGCAGGUAGUUAGGGAAUUUCUGCACCAAGGCUUGUUUGGGCCAGAGAAGUGGGCCACCUCUUUUAGGACAAGGGGAGAUUUCAAGAAUAGUUUGAGUGUUGGCAGGCCAAUGCCCUGGUAGGUUGGUAGUGUAGAAGAAGGGAGGUGGGGAGGCCAGGGAUUUAAGAAAGUGAUGGUGAGUGGAAUCUCAGUUCUAAGGGGAAGAACUGGCAUCACUAAGUGGGUGGGUUCCUUCCCAGCCCUUGACUUAGAGAAGAGUUGGUCUAGGGAGAAGGUGAAGGCCAGCAGAAAUAUGCUGUGAAACUGCCAAAUAUGUUUGGUUGCAGAAAAUGCAGGCUAGCUCCUUUUAGGUAUAUAUGACUUCAGACUUCUGCUAUUGGAGUAUUUGGGAGAGCUGGUUCUUGCUGCACACAGCUCCUAUUCCUAUAUCCUUGUUCAUACGCAUUUGCCUUUGGGGUAGAGAGGUAGGGAACCAUAUAUUUUCAAAAAAUGUUAUAAAUAGUCUCUAUUUGUCUGGAAUAUGACUGGCUUUUCAAUUAGUCAUAGGUGUUUGAUAAAACAUCUGGUAUACGCCAAGUCUUAGAUGUGGUUGACAUCUCAGGCUAUGAUAAACGCGACCUUCAAGAGGUCUCUGGUUUGGGGAAUCUGGUUUCUGGUCAUCCAAAAAAAGAAUUCCCAGUUCUACUUUAUUUUCCACCUACACAGCGCUCUGGACUUCCGUCUUCAUGGAGGAAUUGGCCAUUCUCCCUGAAAUUCCUCUGUCAAUGUCAGUGUCCAUGUUUGGAGUCGCCAGGCUUUCCUGAAGCUUAGGAGAAAGCUUGAGCUCAGGGUCCGUGGCUUUCAUUUUAACCAGCAUCACACAUACUAUCCGGUCUGUUCUCUCUGCUACUUUAUCAGCUGCUCUAAAUGUCUUCUUUCCAUGGAGAGUUAGCACCUCCUCCAAGGAUUUUUAAGCAAUCUCUGCUAGUCUGUUACCGCAUUUCCCCAGACUUCUCAGGUUUCCCAGCUGCAUCCUGGCAGGACACUGAGCAUGCACUGGAUGUCUUCAGCCGUCUUGUCUUCCUCUGGUUGUAGCUCUCAGGCCUCCUGUAAGGUCAAAAUCCCUCCUCCUGGCCCUGGGCUGACCAAAUGUGACAUCAUCCUCAGUUUUCCCCCUUUUACUGACCCAGCUUUUUCAAGCUCCCUUUCCCCUCCUUUCUGCCUUUUCCUCCAUCUUUCAAGUUCUCUUUGGAAAGAAAAGGAGUGCUUGGUCACAGGUCCUUCACUGCCAGUUGGAGGUGGUGGGAGAGGUGAGGAGCCUGGCUGGUUCUGGAGCUUCUCAAAAAGGGGACUUGGUGGUUAUUUGCCUUAUUUAGAAUGAGGGACAAAGGAUUCACAAGCCCUCAGGCUCAUCCGUGUUUCAGCGUAUGAGAAAGACAUUCCAAACCCAAAUCGAAGGGAUUUUUUCUACCAAAUCUACUCUUUAUGAUUCUUGGUGCCCUUGGUGUCUUGUAUUAAUUACAGAGAAUGCCUAGUUGGCCCAGUUCGCAUUUCUUUACCAGAAAGGAGGCUAAUCUUCAUCACCAAAAGAAGUGUGAAGUCACUGUAUUGCUUGAAGCUGAAAAGAGGAAAAGGAGGGUCAUGUGAAUCUUUUUAAUGGGAAAAUUCAGAAAGUGGAAUGAUUCCUCCCGAGGCCUAACUCGUAGGAGAUUCUGUGCGCAAAGGGAAUGAAAUGGUUUUUCUGAUCCUUCUAAAAAGAAAAAGGAUAGCGUUUUCUUAAACCCAGCCCACUUUCAGCAUUGGAGAAAACAGAAUUCUUCUGUCUUGUCCAAUGGCAUUAGUAUUUCUGAGAGAGAGAGAGAAAGCGACCACCCACAGCCUGCCCGAGCCCAGCAGCAAUCAGCAGAGUUUGGGCUGUUCUCAGCAGCUUCGCAGUUGACUCCAGCAUGCAGGGUUUUCACACAAGCAAUAACGUUGGAAACAGAAGUACCAAACUGAAUGUGCAACUACUCCUUUUGCAAAAGAGGCCAAAAUCCUCCUCCCCGCACCUCCCUCCUGUGUUCACUCCUCCAAGAUGAUAAUAAGCCUCCCUCUCAUCUGUCUGUGUCUGUCUGUCUGUCUGAUUGGUUAGAUACAGCCGCCCUCCCAAGCAAAUGGUGUUGAGUGGAGAGCAGAGCAACCUUCCCACGGAAGGGACCACUUGAGGUGCUGGUACAUUUCCCUCGUUUUCUAUGUUCUUUCUAGUAGGUCUCCUGUAGAGAUAGAGAUAUUUUUGUUUUAGAGAUUCCAAAGUAUAUAUUUUUAGUGUAAGAAAUGUACCCUCUCCACACUCCAUGGUGUAAAUAGAACAAGAGCCAAUGCGUCGUAGUGCUAAUCCCGUAGCGAGCUGCGGUAGGAACAGGCCCCCCCCACCCCCGCCCCACCCCCGACCACCAAGUCUCAUGGUCUGUGUGAACCAGCGGAGGUGAUGGUGACACCUCUGCCUGCCCAGACCUUCCUGUGCUCAAUGGGUGACAAAUAAAAUCUGUGUAACUGUUCA